CGUUAGCGAGACCGUUCAAGGUGCAAGGCGAGACCGUCCCUGAUCUCUUCAAAGCAACAGCCAUCUCGUCCAUGUCGCCCUAAUCUCUACUUCUCUUCCACCCACCCGAUGUUCAGAUACGUUCUAUCAUCAGCUUCAGACUAUUUCUAUCUUCCCAUCGACGACGAGCCACAGACGGAGGGUCAAGAGUCGAGCUUGCCACCUCAUGCCAGACACAUAUCUUGGGCAUCUGCGGACGAUAUCCUAGAAGCUCGGGCUCAGGAAGCAGAGUCGCAUCGCUCAGCCCAUGCCUUCUCCGCAAAGCAAAAGCAGCAACAGGCAGCUAUCGCUGAAAUUCUCGCACAGUCGGAUUUAUACAAGAUACUUGGCGUCCCUCGUGCGAAAAGUAUAGACAAGAUGGACCUUCGAAGAGCCUAUCUAGCUCGAAGUAAAGCAUGCCACCCAGAUAAAUUUCCUGACAAUCCCGAGGCGACUUUGGCGUUUCAAAAGGUUUCCGUUGCAUACGAUGUUCUUUCUACUCCAGCAUCCAAACGUCUCUACGAUUCCCAUCCAGCAGCGCAAGACUUCUCCAGCGCGGCUAGCACUGGUGCUCAUGCCGAAGAGACACUCCGAGGUGUCGUUCUCGGUGUCUUCAACGACUUCCUCGACGGUGAUCUUGAAAUGAUCCAUACAUUGCUUCGUGCCGUUCAAGACCUCAAUCCUGCUCUGAGGUUGGGCGAGGAUGGCAUCGAUUCCAUUCUUGUCACGCUUCAAGCACUGCGAGAACGUGUCCUUACAUGUCGUGCCGUCACGCACGCUCUUGUAUCGACCUUAUCUCAUCUCCUCGAGACCCAUGCCGCCCUCGCCCAACAUUCGUACUUUGCCAUCCGGCCUCGAGCCCGUCUCUCCAUUCAACUCGCUCGCAUAACCCUCGGACUUCCGUUAGCUCUCGAGACCGCUGUCCGUCAACAUCGCCACUCUAGAGCUAGGAGUCGUGCUCGGAGAGGGGCUGCCCGACGACGAGAGCGCAGCAGUCCAACGGAGAGCGAAGACGACAGUGCCAACGAGGAUAUUGUGGAUGACGAGCGAGCAGAGCGAGAAAGGGAGCGGGAGGAGUUCGGGAGAAUAUUUCCCAGACGAGUGCUUGUUUUGAUUGAAGCACUCGUGGUCGUCCUCGAGCGCAUGGAGGGCGUCCUCAAAUAGGUGCGAUUUGUGUUACAGAUCUCGCUAGACCCCAGCUUGUGACCCCUCUCCUUCUCCCUCCUUCAACUCUCCUCAGCCUAGGCCCGAAUAUCUCUGCUUUCUCGUUUCCGACGAUCUGGUCGCCCUCUUUUCGAUACCUGCUUGGGAUCAACGGAGGUUGUGAGCACUAACGUCGUUGCUCUAUCUAUGCUCAUUGUCCGCUAGUUCUCCCCGCUUUUAUUCCUAUCUCUAUCAUCUGUAUCAUCCAUAUGGUUUCGUCUUUACCUAUGUCCCCAUCAACGUCGCAUACCAGUUUUGCUAUCCUACUCUACAUACAAUUUAAACCACGCCAUCAAUAUCCUUCCCUUCACUCUUUCU